AUGGACUGCAACCCUCCUCGUGAGGACUUGGGCAUCUUCGCUGAUCCAUCCGAAGUUCCCUUCCGUCGCCCUGACGGAUCUACAAGCCCCGGAGACUCCGCCGCCUUCUACGCCAGUUCGUCCGUUUCAUCGACUUCAUCCUUCAACUGUUGUUCUGAAGGCGAAGACCACGGCUCCAUCACCUCCACCCGCUUCUUCGUCAUCAAGCUCUUCAACUCAGAGGCCUUUGCCGGCUCCAAAGCCUUUGUUAACUCCAUCGGCUUCAUUGUCAUCAGACAUUCCGGCUCCGAAGACUCCACCGAAAGCUCCGCCUCGAAGUUUGUCAUCAGGCAUUCCGGUUCCAAAGACUCCACCGAAGGCUCCGCCUCGUGUGCCGGAACCUUCGCAUCCUCCAUCGGCUCAGGUGCUGCAUCGUGUGCCGGAACCUUCGCAUCCUCCGUGCUGGACUUUGAGGGUGUUAAGGUGAAGCUUACGGAACCUGCUUUCGAGAGAUUCUCCUUUGGUUUGAGCUUGGAUUUUCACGGAGUGUUGGAUCGAUAUCACAAGAAGUCGACAAGCUGGACGGAUCCUAGGAACACUAAAAGGCACGUGGUUGAGACGACAGUGAAUUCCUGUGAUACGCUUUUCACGCAGAUCGGGGAAUCGCCUAUUUGCCUCAUUUUCAUUACGAGGAAGGCCACUGGUCCGUUGGGGAAGCGUGCAGUGCUGGAACAUCUGGCAAAGGAGGUUGAGCUCCCCAUCAUUCACGUCGACGACUCUGCGGAUGUCUGUGACGAGUUGGCGGGCUCUGAGCACGUGAUUCCUCUGCAUAUUGCCAUUCCGAAGAGAUCCAAGGGGAGUCGUGGACAGCGCACUAUUUUUCCGCGUGCUCCCGUGCCUUCCUUUGACAGCUUUCCGGAGUGUACUGACGCUAUCAAAGGUCAGGUGCGGAAGUGGUUUCCGGACGCCUAA